AUAUAUAUAUUUUACCUUUCCUUCUUUUUUAGGCAUGAGCGGAGUGAAGUACUGCUCGCCCAGCUCCACCUCAUCUCCACCAAGGAAGAAAAGAGGGAGAGUCGACCAGGGGUCACCAGUAGAGUAUCCGUACCCUUCUGACGUCAAUGUAGCCAACUUUGCUUUUAUCAAGCUGUCUGGUAAAAGCAAUUAUAGUCAGUGGCUGGAAGACAUGGAAUGCCUUCUGAAGACCAAUGAUAUGUACGGUUUCGUCGAUGGCAAAUUGAAACACCCGGUGCAGAAUAUCGAUGGCAGCUCUAAAAAGUUGGAGGAUAGGACUGCAAGUGAUUGGUCAUGGAAAAGGUCGGACGCACUUGUGAAAGCAUGGAUAUUUGGUUCACUAUGUGAAGAUGUGAUGGAUAUUGUUAUCGGCCUUUCCACAGCUAAUGAUGUAUGGACAAAGCUAAAGACUACUUAUAGUACUCCUCCGGCUGCUCCCAUGAUCAACCCUAAUCAGGCAAAGUACUUACCACUAUAUAGAGCUACUCUAGAUGGCGACUGGAAGAAAGCCCAACAUUUUUUCAUCGUGGACAGAGAUGCGUUGAUGUGUAAACUCAACGACGAUAACGAAAGCCCACUCCAUGUUGCAAUUGGUACAUGUCAAAAUAUCCACUUUGUUGAGAAAUUACUGGAGGUGAUAACCCCGGCCUCACUCCCAACCCUGCUAACAAUUAGAGAGUCGAACCCACUGCACCACGCUGCGUUUGUUGGCAACACCAGGGCUGCAGAGAUGUUGGUGAAGAAAAACCAACAUUUGCUAUUCCUUCCUGACAAGAAGAAAUACUUACCUAUCCUUAGAGCUAUUAUGGGUUCUCACGCAGAAACUUUUCUAUAUUUACUCGAUGUUACUAGAUGUCAUAUUAGUCUCUCCCAAGAAGAAGGAUGUCACAAUCCCUUUGAGGGCGUGAAUGGUUGUACGCUUCUCACAAGGGUAAUCACUGCAGGUCUUUGGGAGGCUGCAUUUGGAUUAAUAAAGGACUACCCCAAAAUGGCUACAGAAAAUAACGGGAAAGUAGCUCCAUUGAAGUUUAUUGCUGAAAAGUUCAAGGGAUAUUUUAAUGGAAAAUCAUACAACUUUUAUCAAAGAUUUGUUUAUUCUCAUGUACCCAUAGAGAAUUGUGGCUUAAUCGAAGGACGUGAGUUUACAGAUAUUGAGAACCAAGAAACACAUAAGAGGGAAGAUGUCGCCAAACAUAUGUUGAGCUGCUUCCACCCUGUCAUCGAGAGGAUUUACCGCAAUUUUUGGCAAGUUUCCCUUCAACAUGAUGUCAACAGGGAACAAGAUGUUGUUGGUGGCUGCAUAGAAGGUCUCGUUGAAGCUUUACCUGAGAUACUUGACGUCAGAAUCAGAUUUGCAUCAUCGUCGCUCAUCUCCUCCUACAUUUCUAAUGUCGUCUGCUUUUUCUUUAAGAACCUUAAAUCCUUUGUUGAUUUCGAAUUAAUAAUUGCCAUGCCCUCAUUCUUCUUUCCCGAUUUGCCCUAA